AUUCUUCACCUUGCACUGCUUCCAGCUGUACCUGACUUGCAAAUGUUGGCAUGCGUCGGCACAUCUGAUGCACACAAGGCACCUUGGUUGGUACGACCAUAUGCGCUCGUCGUUGGUACCACACGCGCAACAUCUUGCUUCGAUCAACCGUCCCUCAGCUGGUGCUCCAGGUAUGCCUGUAUGGUGCACAGCCAGAUGCACAGCGAACAGCAAAGGCAGGAAGCAAGCAAUCACUUCACACCUACAAUUCUUCCACUUGCUUGAAUCAGAAUCGAAUGAGAUCAGUUGAAGGAAUAAACAAGGAUUGCAUUCAUCAUCAUGAACAGCGAAUCGUAGGGCUUCUUGGCUUCUUGCAUGGUGGAACAAAAAAAUGAUGCGAGCUUCACAUUGAUUGUCAGAACUGAGAACGCAAUCAAUGCCUUUGUGUCACACACUUUGCACCAGACACACUGUGGAUGGAUAUCGACACAGCUUUGGCUGGCUUUUAUAAAUCGAAUUCGACAAAUUUCAGAUUGCAUUUUGGCAUUUUUUCCAUUUUGCUUCCACCAUCGGCGCCUUCAUUCAUUUCGCCCUCAAAACCUCAGUUGGCUUUGGUAUUGUCGUUGUUGUUGUCGUCCGGAUCCUUGCUGCGACAUUCAAAUUGUUCUUCUGUUUUGAUCAGAGCGUCGUCGAUUAGUACUCUAGAGUAUAGUCAGGUACAGUAGAAAUAGUCAUGUCGAUGGCAUUCGGGCAGCGCCAUGGUGCCAAUGCACCAGGCAUGGGGCAUCCAUCGCCGCAAGUAGCAAAUCCAAGAGGAGUUGUGAGAGCGACACCUCCCUUUCCGCCAAAACCCCAAGUACAAUCCGACAAUCCUCAAUCCCAGUUGCCUACACUCAGCCAAGUCGCUUCCAUGUGCCUUUGCUACAAGCGUCUUGCUUUUGUGAUUCUUUUCCUGCCAGCAAUCAGCGCCACAGCGCCAGUAUUGGUCAACGUGCUCUUUGCGACAUUGAACUGGUUUACGGGAGGAUUUGGAACCAUUUGUCUUUUGACGAGCACCUUGUUCACGUUCAUUUGGUAUUCUGUGCUCAAAUCGGUGGCUCCCAAUCCCGAAAAGCUACAAGCUGCCUAUGAAAAGAGUCAAUUCCGUCUUCCAAUCUCCGUAAUGCUCCUAAGUGGCUCCCUCAUCCAUUUGAUGGCGAGUCUCACUAGUGCCAAGGAUUUUCAUCCAGAGUUUCUGCAGUGGGCUCCGACAAUUGACUGGGGAAUUGGAAUUCGGCCUGCUUUUGGAUUGUUGCUUUUGGGGACAGCCGUACUCCUCAGAUUUGUCGGUCAGCCAUCCUUAGUGCGAUGCUCCACAGUGCCGCUGAUCUCCAAUGAAUCCUUCAAUAUCCCACGAAACUGGCUUCGGUCCUUGAUCAAUCGAACAUCCAAUCCUCAAUUGCGUCAAAACAUGAUGAUGGAUGUAAACCCACCAUCACAGCGGUUCGGUCGACGCUAUCAAUGUCCCACCAUCACAGCGGGUACAAGCAACCUAAUCAUUACUGUAAUCCUGGGAUGGAUCACAGCGGAGAUCAUGAUAUUGCCCAUGUGGGCAUUGCUAUUCCCAACGGAUCGGCUGGGAUUUGACGAAACCAGACGACUACGGCUACUGGUGGUCGCCACGACAUGUCUCACCAUGGUCCUUCAGUUGGUAUUCGCUGACUUUUCGGGCAGUUCCCACGAACUCAAUCCGAAGCAAUACAACAAACCAAUGACGGGUUCCUUUUUCCUGCCGAUUGGCGGAUCCAUUUUGGUGGAGGCUUUGAAACAUGUCUUGUUCUACACAAUCGCAACGUUCAUGGUUGCAGUUCUUCUGAUUUCCUCGGAAAGUGGUCAAGUCGACAUUGUCCAAACACUCCUUGACACGGCUACGUUGUGGUUGCUAUCCUUCUCCUUGGCGGCAUCAUCAGGAGUUGGUUUGUACGUGGCCAUCCUGGAAGAGUCAGCCAAGGCGGUUCUUUGCAUCCCCGGGUCAAAACUGACACGAUUGGUGCGGGAGGUCACUGGCGGGGAAGACGAAAACCACCUUGUGGAUGCAAUGCUCCACUCCAUUCUGCAUGGUAAUGCUGCUCUUGUCGAACAAGUAGGAGCACCUAACAAUUCACUCGAACGACAGCAACGACAGGAGGCUCGUCGCAAUAGCGAUGCCGCCCUUGCAAUGGCGAGAAUUAUGCUGGGGGAUUCCUCCGUGAGACGAACUCCUGAAGCUUCGCUAGAAGAAGACAUUUUGAGACACUCCAUACUCGAAUCUUUGGGAGGAAGCAUGAUUCCUCACGACAACAAACAGCAACAGGAGACCAGUGGCAGGCUGGUUGCAAGCGACAAUCUUUUCCCGAUGGAUCAUCGUCAUCGCGAGACGAUUGAAUAUUGGAUGAUGCAAGCACAGCUGCCUCGAGCAGUGCUUCUUAUUCGCUCUCUGUCGACCUACGCAGCCGGCCUGGGAGUUGCGCUCUCAAAAUGCUCCGAGUUUUCACCUGAAACGUCGACAUGGCUCAUUCGACCAGGGACAUUGGUAGCAGCUGAAUACUCCGUGAUCGCGUUGGCAAGGUGCUUUGAGCAAGCGUUUCGGAAUGCCCAGAGAAAUGCCACAAACUGGAGUCUGACGCCAGAGUCCCAGCUCAUUUCCGCCGCAUUGAACUCGGCAUUUGGUCUGCAUACCGGCCUCAUUCAGUUUGCUCGCUACUUGGAACUUAUUCGAAACGAACAACCGACAAACCUCGUCGGUGGCACAGUUCCAAUCAACCUCACCCAGAAGAGCGACAGUGAAAUUAUGCAGAAUCACCCUGAUCUCAAUUACGUGAUCGUUGCGAUCGAGUACUUUGCAAGGGCAACCAUGCGACAAGUCGAGGCGGCGACGCGACAUUGUUUGCGUUCAACAUUGGUAUGGGACGAUCUAGGUGAUGACUGUAGUAAGUGGCUGCUUCAAAUCUCAUCAGCAAGUAAACGUUGAUCUCAACAUUCGAAGGAAGACAACUCCGUAGACCUCUGAUCGAUCGAUCCGCCGGGAAGGAAUUACUCUUAUCUGUAUUGGGCAUACCGAAUGUUUACGUUACAUGUGCAGCAACGAUCUAGCUAGCCAGCUAGAUGGUUCAAAAAACAUAUUCUAAAACUAUUUAGAUUCAAAUGAAUUACAAGAGUUGUACAGG